ACUCGCUCCUUAUGGAGACUAGGCCUAAUCUUAUAACUAUUGAUUGGGAGAAAUGGAUAAACGGCUACUCGCCAAUUACGGUUUCACCAAAAGAUCCGCUACCUAAAAUAAAUAAAAUAAAGAAACUCAAUUGGGCAAUGAUUGUUCUAUUUGGUCAACAAAGGCGUUUUGAAGUUAUAGACUUUUAUUAUCAUAUGUUAAGAGUGCAGCUUGCUGAUGGCAAAGUUUGCAGAAACUUAAAUGUAUGGUAGACGUUUGAGACGCUUUCAAGUAUUUAACUCGCAGAUUUUCGCUAUACGGAACAUAUAUCUGAAAGGUAGUGACUUUGAAGGAUCCAAUAUAGAGCAUGUGGUACUUCUCACCGC